GAGCGACACACGAAGAACGUAAACAAUUCUGUUAUCAGUGAUCAGUCCGCGCAGUCUAGCAUGAUUAUCACUUCUGCGUAACUUCUUAAAAAUAUGCGUUGAACUCGUAAUUAUUUUUUUCAAUUUUAUUUUCCGCCAACAACCUAUUUAUCCAUAAUCUUCAUCCGUCCUCCCUAAGUUCCUUCACUCAAAGUUUAGCUCAAAACGAGUUUCACGCUCUCUAUUACUUAGAGACUGUUUUCUUUUGUGAUAAAAUAUUUUUCACUCUGCUUUGAAUUGAAUUUCUGUACCAGGAAAUUUUGCACAAGAUGUCAGAAAACUCAUCAAACUCUUUUCCCAAGACUGGAAAUGAAGCGCUCGAUAGCUCUAUAGAACAAUGGCUAAAAUGGAACCAGAAUGAGAACUUUAAAAAUGAACUGUUGGAGAUCCUAGAGCAGAAAGAUGAGAAACUCCUGCAAAGGAUAUUUUCCUCGCCCCUAGAAUUUGGAACUGCUGGAAUUCGCGGGCGAAUGGGACCUGGCUGCAGUCAGAUGAAUGAUCUUACAAUCAUUCAAACAACACAAGGUCUUCUGAAGUAUUUGUUGGAAGUUCAUAAAGAUAGCACAAACAAUAGAUGUGUUGUCAUUGGCUAUGAUGGACGCCACAAUAGCUACAGAUUCGCAAAAUUAACUGCCACAGCUUUCAUCAACAGCGGUAUCAAAACAAUUCUAUUUGGGAAACCUGUACCCACUCCAUACAUUCCAUUCACAGUGCUACAACACAAAUGCUGGGCAGGAAUUAUGAUCACGGCCUCCCAUAAUCCAAAAGAUGACAAUGGUUACAAGGUGUACUGGAACAAUGGUUGUCAAAUUAUUUCUCCACAUGACAAGAAAAUCCAAGAGCGUAUCCUGCAAAAUCUAGAACCUUGGCCUCAAGCUUGGCACUACGACAUCACUGAUGAUCACAAACUCAUCCUAGACCCUUUGGAGGAAAUAUCUAAUCUCUAUUUUGAUGUUAUUCUCAAAGAAGAUCGAUUUGACCCCGAUCUCUAUCCUAACACUAGCCUGAAAUUUACGUACACAGCAAUGCAUGGUGUCGGGUAUCCAUACAUUAAAAAGGGUUUUGAAACUUAUGGUUAUAAGAAUGAAAGUCUUGUUGUGGUGGAAGAACAGAGAGACCCUGAUCCUGAUUUUCCAACUGUCGAAUUUCCAAAUCCAGAAGAAGGGAAAAGUGCCUUAGAAUUAGCCAUCAAAACUGCCAAUGCCAACAAUAGCACCUACAUUUUAGCCAAUGAUCCCGAUGCUGACAGACUAGCAGUAGCUCAAAAAGACAAAAAGUCGGGAAACUGGAGAGUCUUUACUGGCAAUGAAUUGGGUGCCUUGUUCGGAUGGUGGGCCUACUACAAGUACCUCGUGAAAAAUCCUAAUCCAGAGUGUAUGUCUAAUGUCUAUAUGUUGUCAAGUACAGUUUCCUCAAACAUUCUGCGAACUAUGGCAAAAGAGAAUGGUUUCUGUCAUGAGGAUACACUGACUGGUUUCAAGUGGUUAGGUAAUAAAGCAUUAGACUUGGAAAAGAAUCACAAGAAAGUUUUAUUUGCUUUUGAAGAAGCUAUAGGAUUUAUGUUUGGCACAACUGUUCCUGACAAAGAUGGUGUCUCUGCAGCAAUUAAAGCAGCUGAACUUGCAUGUUUUCUUGAGAAAACAGGAAAAACUUAUUGUGAUAAAUUAGAUGAGAUCUGGAAUACAUAUGGUUUUCACAUCACUUGCAAUUCUUACUUUAUUUGCCAUGAUUCUCAAAUUAUCAAGAAGAUAUUUGACCGUUUACGCACCAUGAAUGAAGCACCUAAUUCAUAUCCAGAUUCAAUUCUGAGUGGUCGAUACAAGAUCAAUGGAGUCAGAGACUUGACUACAGGAUAUGAUUCCACAAGAGAGGACAAAAAAGCCAUAUUGCCAACUUCAAAGUCUAGUCAAAUGAUAACCUUUUAUUUUGAAAAUGGUUUAAUUGCAACGUUGAGAACAAGUGGAACCGAGCCAAAAAUUAAAUAUUAUACCGAGCUUUGUGCUCCAUCUUCCGAAAAAAACGUCGAAGAGGUCAAGAAAAAUCUCAGUGAAAUGGUUGAUGCAAUUGUGAAGGAGUUUUUGCAGCCAGAUGCUCAUGGUUUACAGCCAAGAAAGUAGUGGACUAGAACCAUAUGUGAUUCAAAAUUAUUUAUAUGAAGAUCUCCGGUAUGUUACCAUUGUUUUGUUUCCUUCCCAUUCAGCUGAAAUGUUUAUCUAUCAAAGACGAAAAGGGUAGACAGCUCUAAAGUUAUAAACUUAUUUCCAUGCUGUUUUUCUUACUGGUAGGAAUCAUGAGGGUAGCUAACUGAAAUUUUUAUAGCAACCUUCGUAAUCCGUCAUUUUUAUUUUACAGGCAUUAUAUUCAAAUCCCAAAAUACACAUAUAACAAUGAAAUAAGAUUAAUAUAAAAUAUUGUAGAAUCCAAAUUCCAUGCAAACCACUUUUUUCUUAAAAUAUAAGGCUCAGAAAAAGCAAAAGCUUCCAAUUGUAGAUGAUAUGUAUUAAUUCAAAGUGAUGAAAUAGAUUUAGGCAAUAAUAAUUUUUUUUACAAUGCAAAAAAGCAACAAUUUGUUGUGCCACAAAUUAUUUUAGUGUCCUUUCUAUUGGAUAAUUAAUUGUGAUUCUUAUGUACUUAAGUGGCCAUUUAGUUGUUCAUAUUUUUAGUAUUUAUCGUGUUUUUAAGUUUUAAAUAAAUUCAGUAAUCUCUCUUUAA